UGACAGUUCUACAGUCAGCUGUCUUUCUUUUCUAUUUGAUCUGUAAUCUGUUUUGAUUAGGUUAUGAUCCUGUUUAUUGUUGUUUGAAGUUAAAAAAUAAAAUAAUUUAAGUGUAAUUUGUCUUUAAAAACCAAAUUAUACAUAAAUGGAAGACUCAGAAAGUGAUAAAAGACCACAAUUCGGUAACAGAUAUCUGGAAAAUGCUGACGAAGUGUUCAAACAUAACGCGUGGUACCGUAUUUACUUGUUUGGUUAGAUUUUGUAAAAACUCUCGCUGUGAUAAGAGUAUAAAUGUAACAGAACUGGAAAAAACUCGGUAUAGGAAAAAGCCUGCGGGUGGUGGCCGAUAUUUGAAUGAUUCGAAGCACGUUUAUCUUUUUAAUGCCUGGGACAAUGUGGACUGGGAUGAUGAACAAGAGAAGGUCGCAAAAGAAAAGGUAGAACAGAACUCCCAGAUAACAUUUUCUGAAGAUCACUUGAAAUCAUUAGAAGAUGAUGCUGAUAAACAUUGGGAUGCAUUUUAUGAUAUUCAUCAAAACAGGUUCUUCAAGGACCGCCACUGGCUAUUCACCGAGUUUCCUGAAUUAGCUCCAGAUAACACAUCGGCUCCUGUAAGAGUAUAUCCUGAUGGAGACAACAAUACCACUCAAAUAACGAAACAGACAAAAAGUGACACAAAGAGGUUUAUAUUUGAAAUAGGUUGUGGAGUUGGCAACACUAUAUUCCCUAUACUACAGUACAGUCGUGACCCAAACCUCUUUAUUUAUGGUUGUGAUUUCUCAUCGAAAGCCAUAGAUAUUAUGCAACAAAGUGAGUUGUAUGAAACCAAUAGGUGUAAUGUGUUUGUCUUGGAUGCUACACUUGAAAAAUGGAAUGUGCCUUUUGAAGAAAACUCUAUUGAUAUCAUUGUUUUGAUAUUUGUUUUGUCUGCUAUUGACCCUGCUAAGAUGAGUACAGUUAUCAACAAUAUGUACAAAUAUUUAAAACCUGGAGGCUUGGUAGUAUUCCGUGAUUACGGACGUUAUGACUUGGCGCAGCUCCGUUUCAAAAAAGGUAGAUGUAUAUCUGAUAACUUCUAUGCACGUGGUGACAACACCAGAGUGUACUUCUUCACACAAGAAGAAAUAACGAAAUUAUUCCAAGAUGCUGGAUUUAAAGAAGAACAAAAUCUUAUUGACAGGAGACUUCAAGUAAACAGAGGGAAAAUGCUUAAGAUGUACAGAGUGUGGAUACAAGGGAAAUAUAGAAAGCCUUUAUAACACUUACAAUAUUUAUUUGUUUCAAAAAUACAAAAGUAUGUAUUUUGAUUUAUAACAAAUUAUGAUAAGUAUAUCUAUCUAAUAAUGGAUUUUUUUAAUACUUUACCACAUUUACUGAAAUAAUUAUUAAUUUCGAACACUUGAAUGGUACUUUUGGAAGUCACUUAGAAUAGAAAUAGUAUAAACUGCCAUCCACCUAGUAUAUUUACAUAAAUAUUUCUAAUAGAUAUAAUAUCCUAAAAUAUUAAAAUAUUACAAAAAUAAAACCCAAAAAAACUUUAUAUAGUAGUGUAGUAGGUAACCAUAGACUCAAUGUAACAGCUUGACUAGAUUCUUUCGUAAACAUGAUAUUAAUUAGAAAAUUUCAAAAAAAUCCUAGUAUUUUUAUCAAUCAGUCAAAUUUUGUUUUUGAAUAACUUUGUAAACUGAUUAUUAUGUAGGUAAUUCGGAUAUUAUCUGUAUUAUCUAUGGUAGAAUGUAUAAUAGUAAAAUUGACAAUUAUUUAAUGUUCUUAAAUCUAAAGUUAUAAGGCUCAACAAAUGUAUUACCGACUUUUGUCACAACUUUUAUUGGUGGUCCUUCCCAAGUUACUUCAAACUCAUCAAACAACUUCUUUAUUAGAGUUUCAAUCUCUAGUUCGGCAAUCCUACGUCCAAUACAGCUACGGAUACCGAAACCAAAUGGUAAUGUCACGAUCGCAGGUGCAUUCCCAUAGUAUAAAGGAUCAGUCUUAUCUGCCAACCAUCUCUCGGGAAUAAACUCUUCAGCCCUGGGGUAAUAUUUUUCCAAUCUCGACAAGUAUUCAUUUGGGGCUAUUACAUCCACCUGAAAAAUA